CCACACUCCACCGCCGACCUCCCGACGGGCGAUGACUAUAAUAUAGACUGCAAUAUACGCGACCACGGUGUCUGUGCGUGCGUGCGUUUCGUGUGUGUUACUGUGUUAGCACUCGGCAGCGAGCGAUAACGCGUCGCAUAUUAUUUGUUAUUAUUUAUUUAUUAUUAUUAUUACUAUUAUUAUAUAAAACUAUCAAAAACUGAAAAAAACGCAUCGCUCCGUACCCGUCGUGUCGCGACCCGUGGUCAUCCGAUCAUUCCGAUCAAAUAUAAAUACAUCAAAUUUUGUAAAAACGUUAUUUUUUUCGCAUCAAUAUCCACGGUUUUUCAUCGUCAUCAUCACUGUUAUAACGUGUAUUACAAAAGUACACAAUAAACAACGAUAUUGGGUUGUAUAUAUGUAUAUUAUUGUAGUGUCUUAAAAUAUUAUGCUGACUCGUCACGUGCCGCAUUUCCGUAACUACUGGUGCAGUGCUACUACGGUUACGACUGUCCGUGUCGUCGGUGGCCGCCUCCGUUCGUCCGUGUGGUGGUGAUCGGUCCGCGGUCGUCGGCACAGCAACUCCUUGUGCGUGUGUUGUCGUUACAUCCGUUACCGAUACAUCGACGAUAACAGUCUCGACACUCCGACCGAGUGGACUGACGACGGUGUAACGACAACGAUAUCGUGUCGUACGUGCGCGCUGUAGGACACGCCGUCUUCGUUACGUGAUGUCGCGUUACCGCCGGGCGACGUGCGAUACCGCCUAAAAAGGGCAUAUGCCCACCGCCGUCGUAACGACGCGCUUCACAGCGACCACGGGCGUUUGAGAGUAGUCCCGGACCAGCACGCUCGGCGACCGUCACUUCUGUUAUUGUCUAACCAAACGUUGACUGCACACUCAGUCCCCCUCCCCGACCAUAUUUUGGAUAGACUACCAUUGUGACACAAUGAGUUUGUAUGGAUGGUGUUCUUGAAAAACCGGCAAAGUGUUGCCGGCUACCAAUCGAGAUAUGGACGGCAGCAAUGGAGCCAAGCAAGCCGACAGUUGGCAUAAGCAUGAGCCGUUUAUGAUGGUCGAAAAGCAGAAAAAUAAAAAUCAUGGGCAAGGAUCCCAGGACAGUAACUUUGGUUUUGGCGGUGGUCCGUUGUAUGGAAGACUUGUUGCUGAAGACCAAUUACCAAUGGUGGGUGGUGUCGCUCCAGUGCAUGCUGAUAUACAUGCGAUGCAAGCAAGAAUACCACCUCACUUUCGAGAUCCGUCAACAGCUCCAUUGAGAAAGCUUUCAGUGGACUUGAUCAAGACUUAUAAAUUCAUUAAUGAGGUCUACUAUGCUAAGAAAAAAAAAAGAGCUGGUGGUGGAGCUGUUGGGUUGAGUAGUCAACCUCAAAAUAAUGGGGCCCCUGUUGAAGGUCCUGUAGCCAAUAAAAAAGAACGAAGAGUGUAUAAUGAUGGUCAUGAUGAUGACAACCAUGAUUAUAUAAUUAGAAGCGGUGAAAAGUUUUUGGAUCGCUAUGAAAUCAUAUCUUUGCUAGGCAAAGGGUCAUUUGGACAAGUUGUUAAGGCUCGUGACGAGGAAGAAGAUUGUUAUGUAGCAAUUAAAAUAAUAAAGAACAAAAAACCAUUCCUAAAUCAAGCUCAAAUUGAAGUAAGACUAUUAGAAAUGAUGAAUAGAGCUGAUGUUGACAACAAAUACUAUAUUGUUAAACUCAAGCGUCAUUUUAUGUGGCGUAAUCAUCUGUGCCUGGUGUUUGAGUUAUUAUCUUAUAACUUGUAUGAUUUGAUUAGGAACACUAAUUUUAAAGGUGUUUCCUUAAAUCUUACACGUAAAUUUGCUGCUCAACUGUGCACGGCUCUGUUGUUCCUUUCCACACCGGACCUGUCCAUCAUACAUUGUGAUCUGAAACCAGAAAAUAUAUUGUUGUGCAAUCCUAAAAGAUCGGCUAUUAAAAUAGUAGACUUCGGCUCAUCUUGCCAACUCGGCCAAAGAAUAUAUCAAUAUAUUCAAUCUCGUUUUUACCGUUCACCAGAAGUUCUACUUGGUAUACCUUAUGAUCUGGCUAUUGACAUGUGGAGUUUAGGAUGCAUAUUAGUAGAAAUGCAUACCGGAGAACCGUUGUUUAGUGGAACAAAUGAAGUUGAUCAGAUGAAUAAAAUCAUCGAAGUUCUUGGCAUGCCACCCAAACAUAUACUUGACCAGGCGCAGAAAGCUCACAAAUAUUUUGAUAAAUUGCCCGGUGUCGAUUCGUACACCUUAAAAAAACCUAAAGAUGCUAAAAAGUACAGGAAUCCAGGCGGUCGACGAUUACAUGAUAUUUUGGGUGUGGAAACAGGGGGCCCUUAUGCUAGGCGUUUAGGAGAACCUGGGCAUUCAGUGUCUGACUACCUUAAAUUUAAAGAUCUUAUAGUACGAAUGCUAGAUUAUGAUCCAAAAACUCGAAUUACACCAUAUUAUGCAUUGCAACAUAACUUCUUCAAGCGAACUUCUGAAGAGGGUACUAAUACAGCUAGUGGUAUCGCUCAAGCUGGACUACACAGCUUAGGUGCUAGUCCACCAUUUAAUAGUUUACCUAGUAAUAAUCCAGGGGACACGAAUGUGCAAUCAUCUGCAAUAAGAUUGCGGUCAGACCUGUUUCGAGGUAGAACUACAAUGGAUUGUGACCCUCCGCCGAUCGCUUCUAUGUACCACGGUUACCAAACGGCUCCGAUGGCUAGACACCAUCUGCCUCACCAUGCUACAGCUUACCCAAUGAACCCGGCAUCCUCUGUUGGUGCUUUGGUUCAUUGUCGACCCACCUCUUUGCCGUUCCUACAUCCACAACAUCACCCGUAUCAACCAAUACAAUCACAACCUCCACGCUCAUUGCAUUCAUUGCAUAAUCACCCACCGCCACCACCAGUACAGCAACCUGUUGCACGGGUACCAACUUCCCAUUCCAAUCGAACGAAACAAGAACAAGAUGACAUGAUUGGGGUAUGUAUAGGUCAAAGUCCUGUAGCAAUAAACAUAACAUGAUCAAAUCGUAUAAAAUGUAAAAAAGAUGAUUUACACUUGUUUUCAAUAUAAAAACCGAAUAACUGUGAUUAAUUUAGUGGGGAAAAGUAUAAUUUUUAAAAUCAGAUUCGCGCCGAGUAGUGUCAGAAAUUCAAUUUUAUUGUUUCCAUUGAUAUUGUUUUUGUUUUGUUUUGUUUUGUUUUUUUUGUUUGGACACAAAAUAAAUCUUAUAGAAUUCAACUAUAACUUUAUUUUAACAGAUUUAAUACAUUAAAUUAAAACAAAAUAAAUUGACAAAUAAUUUAUAUCUGAUACAAUAAUGUAUAAUUACUAAUUAGUUAAUAACAUAUUUUUAUAAACUUACCAAUUGCCAUUUUUAUCUUAAUGUAUACACGGAUAACCGUCAAAGCUACCUCAAAAAAUAUUGUAUUACCAUAGAUUAAAUAACAUUAGUGUUACUUAAUCUAUAGUAAUACUAAUAGAGACAGAUACAUUUUGAAAUUGUGUCAUAAUAUUUACUCAACUGUCCGAUAUCCUAUUUUAACUUGACUUAGUAUCAGCAUUGCAUGAACACUAUUUGUUUGAUAAAUUUUAUGAAAAAGGCCUAAAUGUAAAUUAUUUCAUUACAUUUAAUUAUAUUUUUUAAAAAUAAAUUUCAAACAUCAAUUAUAUUGUGAAGAUUGGUGUUUAUUAUUUUGUUACAUUCCUUUGGUAACGGACAAAAUCAAAUUUAAGUUUAUAAUUAUUACACAGUAUAUCAUACAAUGCACAAUACAUAUGUAAUAAUUAUAAUUAACAGAUGAAAAAUACUUCGUAAAUGAAAAUCCAAUAAGUAUUCAUUAAUUCUAACUGCAGAGAAAGCAUUAUUUUUCUGUAUUAAAUAGUGUAUACAAGUUUUGGUGCUUUUGCUGUGAACUCUAGUUUUUUUUCAUUUUCGAACCAUCAACAUUUAGAAUAAAUGUUUGAGGAAACGGUAUAUACACACAUAACGUGAGUUCGUCAGUCCAGUAAAAGUCAUAAUGACGUAUAUUAUCUGUAUUGUGUUCGACUGCGCGUUUAACAAUCUGAUGUGUGCCGAAUUGAUCUAUUAUUAUUGUCUGGGACUUUCGAAAUCACGACUGAUUGUGUGUGUAUAUAUUUUUUAAAUUAUUAAUACUAUAAUUAAUAUUCUCUUAAAAGAACCGAUGACUUGCAUAAGAUAAAAAUGGCCUACGUUUAUAACGACUAAGCGUAUCUAUACGUAUUCUAACACGAUUUCAUUAUUAUCGUGUCUUUCUGGACUGUUAAGCAUAUUUUUUAUUCUUAUAUAUUUCGUUAAAAUAAUAUACAUAUGUGUAUAUAUAUAUAUAUAUGCAUUAUAUAUGGUAGUCUUAUAGUGUUACCCUAAGAAUUUUUUUACGCGUUUCCACUGCCAUAUGUAUAUAUAUAUAUAUAUAUAUAUGUAUAUGUGUGUAUGUGUCUAUAUUGUAUUUAAAUAAUAAACUAUAUAGUCUAAAAAUAUAAAUAUACAUAAAAUAAAAAGUUAGCAUUUAUGUCCCAUGUCGUCAGACGACGAUGCUGCCGAAUACGCACCACUCUCUCUCUCUCUC